AGCAUUUGUGAUAAAAGUUUAUUUAAUUUCUUAUUUUCAAAAUGCCGAAAAUUCCACCCACAAAAAACCCUCACGAGGGAAUCAAAUAUCAUUCUAUAAAAAAGGGGUCUGAACGCGGCUGUUACCAGCUACACAGGCCAUCGGAAUGCCGUCUGAAAUUCCCGAUAACCGACCGUCCUAUUCACAAAUGCGAGCUGCCGAAACACGAGUACACAUUAGUACCGCAGAUUGGCGGUUGGCGGACUCUGUUGGUGCCAAAGACAGAGCCCAACUUUUAUCCAGCUGUUAUGAGUAAGAAUGAGUAUGAACGGCUGAAAAAGCUAGCUAAGAUUGUAACUCAAGAAGAACAGCUAGCAGCGAUGCACGCGCAAGAGGCUGCGAUUCAAAAAGCUGCCCACGAGUCUGAGAGUCGUAAAAACAUGCUCAAAGAGCAGUUACAGCCUCAGCCUGGAGCUGAAGCCUCAUCGGGCAGCGCCGAAGCUGCUGAAUUGGAGGGACCUGAUCAGGCUGCUCAUACACUGUCUAGAGCGGAAUUGUUUCGUGCUGACAACAUGCAAGGACCGCGUUUGUGUAAUCGAAUCAUACUGGCGUCCAAGUGCCAUGCGAUAAGAGAUGCACAGAUCAGUGAGAAGGAUCUUAUUAAGAAAGAACUGGAAGGGGAAGAAAGAAGAUUGGACUCAAUAAUGGAGGAGAACCGUCAAGCGGCUGUCUCUCGCGCUGAAUCUGAAGAGGAUAGACGUCACCACCUUCGCUUACAGAAUCUCGCUGCACUGAAGGAGCAAAUCAAAGCUCAUGAAACUGCUAAGAUAAUGGAGGCAGAACGUAUAGAAGAAGAGAGUAUCAGAGUCAAUCAAGCGAACAUAGCGAUGCAAAUUGAAGAGGCGCAGAAAUUAAAGGAAAAACACGGCCGGCAGGCAAAAUUGAAAGAGAUUCUUGACCAAGGCAACGCUGAACUCCUAUACUACAAACAAGUCCAAAAUGAAGAAGAGAGGAUAAUGGAUCUUCGUAUUGCGAAUUUCCUCAAACAGAAACAAGAGCGCGAAGCGAAGAACCGAGCUGAACAAGAAGCCAUUAAAGCUGCUAAACAAAAAGGAAUCGAUCAUAUCGCUAAGGCUCAAAAGGCUGAACAAGAGUUGAAAGAAGAGUUAGAACGCAUAAGAAAUUUGAAGAUUCAAGAGGAUGUGGAAAGAGAAUGCCGCCGGAAGGAGAGAGAGGCGGCUAUUAAGAGGAACCGUGAGAUGAGGAGGCUGCAUGAGGGACGAGUUCAACAGAUAACCGAUAUACACAGACUGAUUGCGCGUGAGAUUGCAAAAGAUGAGCAAAGUUUCAACAACGCCGCAAGACAGAAUGAAGAGUUUAUUAGAAAGGAAAAAGAGCUGGACGAUAAACGCAAAGCUCGCAUCGAACAGCACAGACAAGAAAUCAUGAAGCAAAUCAAUGAUAAAGAAAGAGCUAGAGCUAAUUUGCGAGAGAAGGUUCACAACGAAGGCGUGGCACUGCGUAUGGAACAAGAGCAACAGGAUAAAUACGAGAGGAAGAUCAUCAAGCAUAAGGUGGCCGAGAUGAGGCUUCAGAAGGUUGCUGAGAAAUAUGUGAAAGAAGUAGAGCAGACACUCGGAAAAUAUGGAUAUUAAUAUUACCAAUACAUAAGAAAUAAAAAUAAACGAUAGACUGAAAUUGCUAUUAAAUUAAAUCAUCAAUUUGUCUAUGUACAGAGAGGCGGUAUGAGUGUUGCUAUUUAAUAUAUAUUUACAAAUAUGCAAAUUCCAUGUAUUGUAGAUAUAGUUCCACAUUAUUAUAUAGAGAAUAAUUUAAUGUGAACUUCCUUUUUGACCUACUAGUAUAAAUUGAUUAGACGUUUUAGUGAUAGAGAAUUCAUAAUCUGUGAAAUAGGUUAAAAAACAUCCUACUACUCGCAACACUGACAAACAUGAGACAUUUAAUAUUAUUGUGGUAACCCCAAUUCUAACGGUUUCAUAGAUAAGUUGGUGGGGCUCUAGUUAUAUGUAGUUAUGCUUUAAUCUUUUAUGAAUUACGAAAAAGAUAUUUGAUGUACAACUUAUGUGAUCUAAACCCAUUUUGGUAUUAUUUUUAGAGCUUAAUACGCUUUUUGAAAUUUUUAAUUUUUGACUCUUAAGUUUGAAUAAAGAGAGUGAAUAAUA